GGCGGGCGGCCCUGCGGGUGGGGCCCGGGCUGCAGGUCGCCAUGGGCCUGCGCUGGGCGCUGCUGCUGCUGCUGGCGCUGCCGCUGGGCUGGGCCCGCCGAGCCCGCAACGUGCUGCUCCUCGUGGCGGACGAUGGCGGCUUUGAGAGCGGCGUGUACAACAACUCCGCCAUCAGCACCCCAAACCUGGACGCCUUGGCCGGGCGCAGCCUCGUCUUCCGGAACGCCUUCACCUCCGUCAGCAGCUGCUCCCCCAGCAGGGCCAGCAUCCUGACCGGCUUACCCCAGCACCAAAAUGGGAUGUAUGGGCUGCACCAGGACGUGCACCAUUUCAACUCCUUUGACAAGGUGCAGAGUCUUCCCCUGCUGCUCAGCCAGGCACAUAUCCGGACAGGGAUAAUUGGCAAGAAGCACGUUGGGCCGGAGACGGUGUAUCCCUUUGAUUUCGCGUACACUGAGGAGAACAGCUCUGUGCUGCAGGUGGGCAGAAACAUCACCCGGAUCAAACGGCUUGUCCGGAAAUUCCUGCAGAGCCAGGACGAGAGGCCAUUCUUCUUGUACGUCGCCUUCCACGAUCCCCAUCGCUGCGGCCACUCCCAGCCCCAGUACGGGGCCUUCUGUGAGAAGUUCGGCAAUGGCGAGAGCGGCAUGGGCUGGAUCCCCGACUGGAAGCCCCAGCCGUACAGCCCAGAGCACGUGCAGCUCCCGUACUUCGUUCCAGACACUCCAGCCGCUCGCGCUGACCUGGCCGCCCAGUACACAACAAUCGGGCGCAUGGACCAAGGGAUCGGGCUGGUCCUGGAGGAGCUGCGCAGCGCUGGCUUGCACAACACCACGCUGGUGAUUUACACCUCCGACAACGGCAUCCCCUUCCCCAGCGGCAGGACCAACCUGUACUGGUCGGGCACUGCUGAGCCGCUGCUGGUCUCCUCCCCCGAACACACCGAGCGCUGGGGGCAGGUCAGCCAGGCCUAUGCCAGCCUGUUGGAUCUCACACCCACCAUCUUGGACUGGUUCGCCGUCCCCUAUCCCAGCUACAGCAUCUUCGGCACCAAGACAGUGCAGCUCACCGGGAAAUCGCUCCUGCCAGCCCUGGUGUCAGAGCAGCCUUGGAUCACCGUCUUCAGCAGCCAGAGCCACCACGAGGUCACCAUGUACUACCCCAUGCGGGCUAUCCAGCACCAGCACUUCCGCUUGAUCCACAACCUCCACUUCAGGACGCCUUUCCCUAUCGACCAGGACUUCUACGUCUCGCCAACCUUCCAGGACCUGCUCAACCGGACCAGAGCCAGGCAGCCGACCCAUUGGAACAAGACCCUGCACCAGUACUACUACAGGGACCGCUGGGAGCUGUUCGACCGGAGCAGCGAUCCCACCGAGAGCCGGAACCUGGCCUCCGACUCCCAGUACGCUGAGGUCUUGGAGCUGCUCAAAGCCCACCUGUUGAAGUGGCAGUGGGACACUAAUGACCCUUGGGUGUGUGCCCCAGACGGCGUCUUAGAGGAGAAACUGAGCCCCCAGUGCCAGCCACUUUACAAUGAACUGUGAGUCACCACCUCACCUUGCUGGAGUCCUGCCUGCAUUCCUUACACCAACCCAGCCCCAGGUCCUGCUUGGCCCUCAGCUCCUCCCCAAAUCCCCAGAACCCCCAUGGGAACAGCUAGCUCGUCUGCUUAAUGAGACAUCAAGUGCCUAAACAUGCAGCCCUCGGGCUCCGGGGUCCACAGAGCAACCCCGCAGCUACUCCAGAGCUCCAGCUACCCUCCGUCUAGCACAAGGUGGGGCAGCAACCAGAGAUGGGCUAGUCCCACUUCCCCAUUCACACAGCUGGCGUGUGCUUUGUGUGUCAAAACAGCAUCUGCCCCUGAAGCUCAAACGGGACAUUUUCCUCCUCAGUGGGGUAUCAGCAGGCAGCGCUGGACUGCAGCCAACCAGAAAGCUGUCAAAUACAUGAUCUCAGUAAAGUCGCUGGGAGAACGUCCUUGGCUUACUCACAACCUAUCCUCUGCGCCGAUCUCCUGCUGAAGCCACUUCUCACUGCAGCUCUUCCUGCAGUGGCUCCAACAGCACCUCCUGCAGCCAGAGGUUGGGACUGGUGCUGCUGGGAGCUCCCCACAUCGGGGCUUUUGCCCCAUUUGCCAGGGAGUCUCCAGCAAGCCAUGGAGGAGCUGAGAGCCCCCUCUCCAUAGGGCCAGUACAUUGGAUUUGGUGUCACCAGCUCAGGGAGGGCCAGGAGGGGUCUGAACACACAGUAAUGAGAAGGUUUAAUUUAGCAAACUACAGAAUUUACAGUCCCUGGAACGAGCACACCCUGUUCAGGCCUGGCUCCCUGCUAUCCCCAGGGCUCUGGGAGCAGGGUGCGCAGAGAUCCAGAGGCAGCUGGGAUACCCAGUACAACGAGGCAGACCCGUGGGGGCAGCCAGGCAGGGGACGUGGCAAGGCCUGCGGGAGUUGCUGUUCCCUCCCUGCGCAGGUGGGCUGGUGACUGCACAUCCGAGCAGCUAGAGCCAGGCGGGGAGAACAGGUGGAGGUGGCCCAGGCACCAGGCAGAGGUGCCCUGCCCACCCCGGGGACCCGCCCAGGGACACGGUUCAAAGGCAGCCCCGGCUCACCCCAGCCAGCUGCUCUUUCACACCAUGACAGGGGUGGCAUUAAAAGCAGCCUCUCUCUCUGAACCAGAGUUACUGUGUUUCUCUGCUGACGGGGCAGAGGCCUGCUGGGCAGGCCGGGGGGGCUCACCCAGCGCUGCAAAGUCCAUUAACCCGUUAGGUAAGAGGGUCUUUCAACCCUCCCCCUCCCCACACCCCAAACCAAACUCUUGGUUUAAACAGGUGCCAUUUGCAGAGUUGCCACGGUGACGGUUCCCCCUGCCCCACCCUGUGUCCAGGGCGAUCAGUGAAGAUCUUGUUCUAGCCACACGAUCUUCUUCUGCUCGUUGGUGACGGCUGCUCGCACAGCGCUGACAAGCGCAUCCAGGUCGCUCCAGGUGUCGGGGGCGACGGUGCCGUACAGGCAGGGCACUUUCUCCAGCUGGGCCUCCUCUCGCCGCACACAGUCCAGAAGCUGCUCCUCUGUCGCUCCGAGACGCUGCAGUGCCUUCCUGAAACAGAGCCCGCGGGAGACUCCGUGAGGGGACGCCCUGAGCCGGGUGACCAGCACAAAGCCGGCUACCCGCGGAAGAGGCAGUGGUUGAAAAACUCUCGUGGACUUUAGAGCCAGGAUUUCACUGUUUGUCCAGGGGCUAGAGAAGGGGAUGGAGUCAGGACUCCUGGGUUCCAGGUCUGCCUCCUGCUGGGAAGCGUGGCUUAGUGACUGUGCAAUACACGUAGUGGGCAGCUGGGAGCCCGGACUCCUGGGUUCCAGUCCCAGCUCUGGCACUGACGAACCACCUGAGCAUGAGCAUUUUACCUUCUGUGCUCAGGUUGGACGAUACCUGCCCCGGGGAAGUGCCUUGACACGGGGCUGUGGAGGCCACAGGGUUAUUGUUCGAGGCCCCUGGUGUGGGCACAAACAUUCCCUCCGCCAUACAGUGGGGAAGGGCUCACCCCGGCCAGGCUGCUGGGUGCUAUUGCACUGUCUUUACAUCAAUCACUAGUGCAGCCAACCACGGGGGCACCCUGUGGCUCAUUCCCGUCCCCUCCACUGGGUACACGCAGGCAUUCAGCUGCUGCAGCCGUGGCACGAGGCACCCAGGGGAGGGCAGGCCCAGGCCCCAUUCCCCAGAGCUCCAGCAGUCUCCGGUGAGCAGGAGCCGUUUGCCCUGGGGGGGCCCGGAGCCCGUCUCCGCCCAGAGUGAUACGUGGUACGUACUUGAGCUUCUUGGCGUUCUUCUCGCUGAUGGAGACGAGGAGGAGGAUGGGAUAGAUCCCCGCGGCGUGCAGGGCUCGCACGCACUCCAGCCCCACGUCCAGCAGGCUGUGCACGUCCUAGAGGGAGCCGGGGAGAGAACGAGAGGGGCUGACACCAAGGGCUCACCGUGGGAAGGGACAGGCGCUGGCCAGGGCUGGUGUUGCUGGUGACCCAACAGGCCCUGGCAAGAGCCAAAGAGUCUGUGGCCAGGGAGCAUCACAGAGUCCAUUGCUGCGCUCUGGAUACAGAUUCACCCUCUGCUCCCCAGCGUGGGAGCUGCAGGCACUGGGAUUAACAGACGCAGAUGCACGGUGGGGUAGCGGGGAGGUUUGGCAGGUCUCGGUGCAGUGUCUGUAGGUGCCUCUGUCCCAUCUGCUCCUAACCCAGACCUGGCAGGUGCCCCUCCUACCUGCGGCCCUGCAGCUCUCCCUGGGCGGCCUUUGAGGGGUUGCAGGUAAAACAUCAACUGACCUGCUGCAGGUUCGAGACCAGAAACCCUUCACUCUCCUCCUGUCCUUCCCAGCUCCACGCUGCUGGCUUCCCGGUCAGGGAAGGCUCCAAUAGUCAGAGCCCAGAGCACCCAUCUCAGUCCCUCCUGCUGGCCCAGUGUCCCAGCCUGCCCCCAGCCCCACACCUGUUACCUUCUCCAGCAGCAGCUGAAGCGCCUGGUGUGGGACACAGCAGCGACUGUCCAGCUCCCGCUUUCCCCGGACCAAGGUUCCAUUCUGGGCUGCGCAUUCAGCCUCACACAGGAGUCCUGGGCGGAGGGGAAAGUAGGGAAGGUGCCAAGUGAA